AAGGAGGCAAGCGUUGUGCAGUUUUGCACUUCUCCCCUCCCGGUUGACGAGAAACGAAACGCCAUCGCCAAGUUCCUUCUAUCACUUUCUUGGCUUUAGAGUCCGACAAUCUACAGGAAUUCGUCCGUUUUUGAGGAGUGUGAGAAUCAUAUUACAGCGAGAUACAGUGGGCCGUAUCGUCUGAGUUUAUACUGAAUGCUAAGCAACGGCAGUACUACUUGCUGUAGAGAGAUGGGUAACUAGCUAAAUGGACCGUACGGCUAAUCAUCUUGAGCGAAGCAGCUGACCUGGUUGUAGAUGAGUGGCAGUCACCAUGCCGCCAGGGGUCCACGCCAUGCUGGAUAUCUGGGAGAACGAGAGCCAGCAGAUCCAGGUGGACUUCCUGCUGCCCACUGGGAUCUACCUGUGCCUCCCCGUGUCACGCAGUGACACCAUCAGCACCAUCAAAAAGACGGUAUGGCGUAACGCGAAGAGCGAGCCCCUCUUCAGCGUGCUGGGCGAUCCAGACGCCUACGUCUUCACCUGCAUCAACCAGACGGCCGAGCAGGAGGAGCUGGAGGAUGAGCAGCGCCGUCUCUGUGACGUCCGGCCCUUCUUCGCCAUCCUGCGGCUGGUGGCCCGUGAGGGAGACCGCGUGGAGAAGCUGAUCAACUCUCAGAUCAGCCUGCUCAUCGGCAAAGGCCUGCAUGAGUUUGACUCCCUGAAGAACCACGAAGUGAACGAGUUCCGCUCCAAGAUGCGGUCCUUCUGUGAGGAGCAGGCGCUGGACCGCCAGCGACUGCACUGGCAGCAGUGGAUGGAGUACAGCUUCCCCUGCGACCUCGAACCCUGCGUCUUACUGCCCCAGACCGGGAGCCUGAAGGUGCGCAGCACCAAGAAGAUCAUCAUCAACGUCAAGUUUGAAGGAAGCGACGAAAGCUUCAUGCUUCAGCUGGACCCUCAGGAUGCUCCAGUGUCUCUGAUGCGGAGUGCACUGAAGAAGAAGGCCACUGUUUUCAGACCCAUGAAGCAGGAGAAACCGGAGGACUACACGCUGCAGGUCAGCAGCAGGUGGGAGUUCAUGUACGGCAAAUACCCCCUGUGCCAGUUCAAAUACAUAUUCACCUGCUUGCAUAGCGGCCUGACCCCACACCUGACCAUGGUGCACCACUCCACUAUCGUCAAGUACCAGGAGGAGCAGGGCGGCCUGAAUGGCCAAGUCUCCAAAUCCCGGUCUUCAUCGAAACCCCCCCCAUUGCCCCUCAAGAAGCAAACUACAUCCUCCCUCUGGUCCAUUCAGGAGCCAUUCUGCAUCCACUUGGUGCAAGGCAGCAGGGUGAACGCGGAUGAAGGAAUGAAGUUGGUGGUCCAGGCAGGCCUCUUCCAUGGCGGCGAGCUGCUCUGUAAAAUGGUGACCAGCAACGAGGUGAGCGUGUGCUCUGAGCCGCUGUGGGACCAGAAGCUGGAGUUUGACAUCAGCGUGGGGGACCUGCCACGCAUGACCAAGCUCUGCUUUGCACUGUACGCUGUCAUCGAGAAGAGCAAGAAGCCACGCUCCACCAAGAAGAAGAACAAGAAAGCUGAUUGCUCUUUAUCUUGGGUGAACACUAUGGUGUUUGACUACAAGGACCAGCUGAAGACUGGAGAGUACUCCCUUUCCACUUGGCCAUCAAUUCCAGAUGAUAAAAGUGACCUGCUGAACCCCAUGGGCACUGUGGAGAUCAACCCCAACACCGACAGCACAGCUGGACUCUUAAUCCGCUUCCCAAAUAUCAGACCCCAUCCCAUCUACUACCCUCCCCUUGACAAGAUAAGUGACAUGGAUAGCAAGACUGUGGUCACCAAAGAAGAGCGCAUGAAACUGACUGAGAUUGUGGAGAAUAAGAACUACACAGAGUUCUUUGAGGACGACAAGGAGGUGUUGUGGAAGCUACGCUACGAGUUGCGUGACAAGUUCCCAGAGAGCCUGUCCAAACUGCUCCUCAUCACCAAGUGGAGCAAACACGAGGACGUGGCACAGAUGGUGGCGAUGUUGCGCAAGUGGCCCGACCUUCCUGCCCUGCAUGCGCUGGAGCUGCUGGACUACAGCUUUCCAGACCGGAAUGUCCGCUCCUUCACCAUCAGGUGUCUCCGAAAACUCAGUGAUAAGGAACUGCUGCAAUACUUGCUGCAACUAGCUCAAGUUUUGAAAUAUGAGCCAUACUUGGACUGUGACUUAUCAAGGUUUCUUCUGGAAAGAGCCCUCUCCAACAAGAAAAUUGGCCAUUUCUUGUUUUGGCAUCUCAGGUCAGAAAUGCACGUGUCCUCCGUCAGCCUGCGCUUUGGACUCAUACUUGAAGCCUACUGCCGGGGAAGCACCAAUCACAUGAAGAUUUUAAUGAAGCAGAACGAAGCCCUGAACAAGAUGAAGUCCCUGAACGACUUUGUGAAGUCGGGCUCUCAGAAGAGCUCCAGCUCUCGGGCUCUGAUCACGGGAGACAUGAAGCAGUGCAUCAAGCAGGAGUCCUUCCAGGAGGCGCUGUCCGACCUCCUGUCCCCCCUCAACCCCAGCCUCAUCCUCUCCCAGAUCUGUCCGGACAGGUGCAAGUACAUGGACUCCAAGAUGAAGCCCCUGUGGCUGGUGUAUAAGAACGACAGGGUACAGGGGGAUCCUGUGGGCAUCAUCUUCAAGAAUGGCGAUGAUCUUCGACAGGACAUGUUGACGCUCCAGAUGAUUCAGCUAAUGGAGGUUCUGUGGAAGAAGGAGGGGCUGGAUCUGAGGAUGAUCCCUUACGGCUGCCUUUCGACCGGGAACAAGACGGGCCUCAUUGAGGUGGUGAAGAACUCGGACACCAUCGCCAACAUCCAGCGCAACAACAGCAACAGUGCUGCCACCGCGGCCUUCAACAAGGACGCCCUGCUCAACUGGCUAAAGUCCAAGAACCCGGGGGACAAACUGGACCAGGCCAUUGAAGAAUUCACUCUGUCCUGUGCUGGCUACUGUGUAGCCACUUAUGUCCUGGGGAUCGGAGAUCGGCACAGUGACAACAUCAUGGUCAGGGAGACCGGCCAGCUGUUCCACAUAGACUUUGGUCACUUUCUGGGAAACUUCAAGAGCAAGUUUGGGAUCAACAGAGAACGUGUUCCUUUCAUCCUGACAUACGACUUUGUCCAUGUCAUCCAGCAGGGGAGGACCAACAACAGUGAGAAGUUCGAAAGGUUCCGUGAGUGCUGUGAGCAGGCCUACAAGAUCCUGUGUCGAAACGCGACCCUGUUUGUCAACCUGUUCGCUCUGAUGAGGGCCGCAGGGCUCCCUGAGCUCAGCUCCUCUAAGGACAUACAGUACCUCAAGGACUCCUUAGCUCUUGGGAAGUCGGAGGAAGAGGCCCUGAAGAAUUUCAAAGUGAAAUUUAACGAGGCUCUGCGGGAAAGCUGGAAGACGAAGGUGAACUGGAUGGUUCACAGCGUUGCCAAAGACAACCGAUGAAGGACAUUUUCCAAAAGGUGCGGGCCGGCGUGCUCAGAAAACACACCGUGCUCCUGCCACCUGGUAUUAGGACACCUGCAGUGUUGCCCUGUUUUAUUCAUCACACUGUACCAUUACUCACUUUAAUAAUGUCUAGGAAUGUUUACAUUGGCAAUAUGUGUUUAGUGGUUGACAGUGUUGUUUUGUUCAUGAGAAAAGCAAAUGGAUGAAAAAUGACCAAAGUUUAAAUAAAUUAUCACUGGGGUAUUUAAAAAAACACUUGUGGUGUUUGAUAUUGUUUACAUCCGUUAUGGAUGAAGUCAUUUUUAUUCUCUAUUUAUUUGUACCUUUGUUACUGUUUAUUUUUUUUUGUGUUUUUUUUUGUUUUGUUUGUUGUUGUUUUUUACAUUUGUUGCCAUUAAAAUUUCAUACUUAAGAUUUUCUGAAAAAAACGUUGAAGGAAACUAUUUUAAAACAGUUUGUAAAGGUGCACUUAAUCAUAUUUGCAGGCAUAUCAAUAUGUUUUUGAAUAUGCUAUUAAUACGAUUUUUACAAAGAAACAGUUGAGCCAGGCCUUAUGAAGCUAUAUUGUAUUUGUGUGAGAGACUUGAAGUCUCAGAUUGAGUUUUCUCUGAUUUCUGCCUGAUCUGCAUGCACAAACUGACCCUGCGGAUCCUCUUUGGGGGGGGGGGGGGUUAUUGUUACAGACUGUACUUGCAGAGCUUGAUUAUCCCAGGUCAGUUGAAAUGAUCUUGGCUUUGUGUGGUGCCAGUUAUAUACUGUAAAUGCUCCAAUAUCAUUUAUUUCUGUGUGCUAAUAACUGAUCCAUCUGAUGAAAUGAUAUUUAUUGAUAUUGAUUUAUUGAUACUGUCAUGUUCUUAGACUUUUUUUAGCCCUAGAAUCACUGUUGGAUAAGCCAAAUCGUAUUAAGGAUGGUAUUUCAGUUGCACUGUAUUGACAUUUGUUUUAUUUUGUCAUAUUACUUUCAAAUGUUUUUAUUUGUAUUCAUGUUUUAUCCGGUAGGAUGUGUGUGCAUGUGUGUGAGAGAGAGUGAGAGUGAGAGUGAGAGUGAGAGUGAGAGUGAGAGAGUGAGAGAGUGAGAGAGAGAGAGUGUCGAAGAUCAGGAUGAGGAUCAAAGCCAAAAUGUAGUAUUUUAAUGAUUUUUUUUGUUGCCAAUGAGACCAAAUGCAAAUGUGAAAACAGAAGAAGGGAGGUGGUUGAUACAAAGUAGCAUAUUGUUGUUGCAUUAGACUGGCAUUGAAAUGACCACAGCUCAGUUUCAUUGCUAAAAACACCACACGCAUUACCUGCGUGAGCAGGCCUCCAGGCAGUGUCUCCAGUACAGGGUGUAAUCCCAGCCUGGCUCCAGGCGUCUUUAAACACUGUGUCUUUUGCUAGUUUGCUGCAACGGUGUAGUUAUGCAGUGGAGCAUGACGCUUAAUUGUUGAUAUUCUUGUGAAUUUAUUUGUGCCUUUGUAGGACUUUUUGACAAAAUAAAGGAGUCUUCUCUCGACCACUCCUGACCCAAGGCCAGCUUUGAAUUUUGAGCAAUGUUUACGAAGCCUGUACUGUAUGCAGUGGUCUCAAAGCCGGGUGUGCGCUCCUCUCCACCACCUUUCUGUACAUUUCACUGCACCAUUAUUCAUUCCGGAUUGUUCCAUUACAUUGUGUCAAUGCCAUGCCCUCGAACUGAAGUGUAACGUGCAUACAACGAUCAAAUAAAAAGCAUCUGGUUUUUAA